AUGGCGUCGAAGCCAAUUCCUCCGCCCAGAGUGGUCACGGAGCCUGAAGCGAACAACUUGCCAGCGACAGUAGAGAACGAUCAUACGUCUUCGGUUUCCCACGCUAGCUUCCUAGCUGCAGUCUCAGAGACUAUCCCCCCAGUCUCUUCAAAGGAUCACUACGAUCGGUUACAUGUCAACCCCCUUGCUCAGCAAGAGGAUGCAUAUUCCAUCAGUAAUAUGCUCGACCAGCUUCCUCCCCGCGAGGUUUCUGAAGAUCUUGUUGAUUUAUUUUUUACAUUUCUCGAGACUAACUGGUACUACUUCGACAAGAAGAGGUUUCGAGACAUCUUUACCGAACUGUAUGCUGAUAGACCUUCCACGCAGCAACUUCGCUGUGCCAAUGUCUGUCAUGUUCUUCUCGUCUUGGCUUUGGCGAGUACCUUCAAGCAUUUGGUCGAACCAUUCCACUUUAUGGAUGCAGACCGAGAUGUUCCAGGUGGCAAGCUCUUUGCAAAUGCUACCAGGCUAAUACCCAGAGUAAUUGCAGAUAACUCUGUCGAGAGCGUGAUAUGCUCCCUCUUGGCAUCGCUAUACCUGCUUUCGACUGACGAUAUUGAGCACCACCAUAUCUAUCUGGGAUUGGCCCUGAAUCAAGCACUUGGCCUCUCGAUGCACCGCGAAGGGGGGAAUAGCGAGGAAACUCCUCAAGCUCGGGAGGUCAAAGUCCGGGUCUUUUGGACUAUAUACACUAUGGAACGUCUAAUAUCUGGUAUCAUGGGUCUUCCAACGAUGCUGCAAGUCAAGGACAUCAGUGUUUCGCUGCCACAGAAGCGACAAGAUCUAGAUGGGGAUGACUGUCAGGCUGUCGAUCGCCUCAUUGCAAUAACUAAGCUGACCAUGGGGAUGGAUGAGAUUAUCAGUGAAGCACCCAUUGACAAGAGUGAGAGUACAUAUAAAUGGGCCUUAUUUAAAAUGGAAUCUCUCAGGCCGCCUGUUCCAAUUGAUAUCUCCAAGUCCCCAGGACCGUUGUUCCGAGCCGAUGCCCAUCUACAGAUAAUCUAUCUCCUGAUUUGGGUAAACGUUGGCCGCGGUGCCACGUUACGUCUUGUUCGCCAAACACUUCAGCCUCCAUCUGUCUCAAUGGCUUUGGGAGACCAAGAAGCAUAUCUCAGAUCGCAAAGACUGGUGGAAAAGUGCAGAGAGGCAGCCACAAUGAUCAUUAGCUGGAUUACUCAGUUGCAUCACCGUGGCCUACUCGCCAAGUAUUCGUUUACAGAUUUUCAUACAUGCAGCUCUGCCACUAUUGUACUUUUGUUACACUCUCUCCUUUAUCCCACUUCUGAUUCAUUACCAAUAACACAAGGCAUAAAUGCUCUGAAGUUUAUGGCUGAGGGCAGUAGGUUGGCCAUGAACGCACUGCGACUUAUCGAACGCCUACAGGAGGCUAUUCAGAAGUCUAGUAGUGUUGAGGUCUCAGGCUCUACCAUGAACCAACCUUCGCUAUCAGGGAUGGUGGUGGAUCUGGACCUAUCUCAGAUUCAGCCUUUGGGCAGUGCUGGAAAUCUUCCCCUCGCUUCUACCAGUAACUUCGAAUCUUCUAUUUUACCCACCACUCAAACCCUGUUUCCGGAUUUGGAACCAUGGCUGCUAGAGUAUUCCGACCAGGACCUAAUGCUGUUCGGAUUCGAUGGUUUUGGUUCAGUGUUUAAUGCACAUGUUUCUCAGACAUGA